UGGCGAAGGUUACUUCGGUCACUACAGAGAAUUUCAAAUUCUCAAAUUAGGGUUUAUCCCUCGAUACAACGCAUUCUUCGUCUCUGUUUCUCCGAUCCGAUUCCCGGCGCACGCAGGUGGCUUGAAAUCCUCUCCAUUGCAGGAAGCUGCUAGCUCUUCCAUGGAAAUUACUGAUUACACCACCAGGGAAUUUGCAAUGCCCAAUUGAGUUGCAUUGAAAUAACAAGCCAACUGCAUCAAUUUUCAUCGAUCAGAUCUCCACCGUCCAAUUAGUCACGAGAGCUUUCCGUGGCAGUCAGCCAGCCCUUUGACCACUCUCAGAUUGCGCCACGUGUCCCUCUCCUCCGUGCUUAUAAACCCCUGCUUCCUUCCUUCAGUCUGUUGUAUAGAGAGUUAGAAGCGAUUGUGCGAAACGAAAUUUUGAAAAUGACGAAUGCGCCGGAGGUGACGAUCCAGCUGCCGGAGGCGAAGACGGCGGCGGCGGAGAGUGGUCCUCUGGUUUCGGAGGCGAGUCGGAGGAGCGGUGACCGGCGAAAGGCGGACGUCACGAACACCGUCGUACGGAUUCUCUGUUUUAUAACCAGCGUCACGGCGCUGUCGGUGAUGACCACGGCGAAGCAAGCUUCCACCAUUUCUCUGUACGGAUUCAGCAUGCCUAUCUACUCCAAGUGGUCGUUUUCGGAUUCGUUCGAGUAUCUUGUAGGAGUUUCUGCAGCAGUUGCAGUCCAUUCCAUGCUUCAACUGCUAAUCAAUUUGCUGAGGAUCCAUCGGGGAUAUCCGGUGAUUCCGUCCAGGAACCACGCCUGGCUGAUAUUCGGCGGAGAUCAGAUAUUUGCAUACAGUAUGAUGAGCGCAGGAUCGGCUGCAUCGGGUGUGACGAACCUGAACAGGACGGGGAUCCAUCACUCGGCGCUGCCCAACUUCUGCAAGCCGCUGCAACUGUUCUGCGACCGGGUCGCGGUGUCGAUCUCGUUUGCGUUCUUGACCUGCUUCUUGUUGGCUGUAUCUGUGGUUCUUGAUGUUGUUUGGCUCUCUAAAUAUUAAUUCUAAGUGUAGUGUAGUGUUAGAGUUCAUGUGAUGUCUAAAAGAAACAUUUAUUAUCUAUCAUAUCCUCAUUUCUUCUUAGUUAUUAUUAUU